AUGGAAACGUUCGUGUGCCCCUUGGAGUCUGCCAAGUUCAUAGCGAGCCAUAGCAAAGAUGUCUCCGUGGACGAGGAGGGGGCGCGGCGGGUGGCGGAGAGUUUGUUUGACAAAGCCUCGGCGGAGGAGUUCGGUCUGGCGGGGUGGAAGAGCCUCCACGAGCUGAACCCCCGAGCCGCCAGCGAGGAGGCGGUCAACUGGGUGUUCCUGGUGGACACUCUCAACUUCUCCUUCUGGUCCGAGCGGGAGGAGCACAAGUACCUGGUGAACUACAAGGGUAAAACGUAUAGCGGCUAUUGGUCCCUCUGCGCCGCCGUCAACAGGGCUCUGGACGACGGAAUACCUAUUACCAGUGCAUCGUAUUUUGCCACCAUGACUCUUGACCAGGUUAGACAUGUAUUUCGCUCUGAUACAGAAGAGCCCAUACCUUUGAUUGAAGAAAGACAUCGAGUGCUGAAUGAAAGUGGAACGGUUCUGUUGGAGAAGUUUGGAGGCUCUUUCCUUACCUGUGUUAAAAUGAGUGAGAAAAGUGCUCAGAAACUACUAUGUCUAGUACUGGAAAAUUUUCCUUCUUACAGAGAUGAAGCUGUAUUUGAGAAGAAAAAGGUGUCUUUCUACAAGCGGGCACAAAUACUUGUGGCAGACAUAUGGAGUGUACUAGAAGGCAAAGGAGAUGGCUGUUUCAAUGACAUUUCUAGUCUGACUAUAUUUGCUGACUACAGAAUUCCUCAAGUUCUUGUUCAUUUAAAAGCAAUGAAGUAUUCUGAAGAGCUAAUGAAAAAAUUACGUGAAGGAACAGUUUUCCAGUCUGGAGAUAAAGAGGAGGUAGAGAUCCGUGGCUGUUCCAUUUGGUGUUGUGCAUUGGUUUGUAAGCACUUGCUGGAGCUCUAUGAGAAGAAGGGCCAGGACAUGCAUGGAAAGAUCAAUGCAGUUUUACUUGAUUAUUAUCUUUGGGACUAUGCCAGGGAUCAUAGGGAAGAUAUGAAAGAUAUUCCCUUUCACCGAGUGCGGUGUAUAUAUUACUAAGUCCAGUGUGAUUGCUAUUAUGUUGAUGCAUUGUCUGAAUUGCAGUUACUCCUUCCAUACUGCAGUUGGUCAUAUUCUGUUUUGAAGCUGGCUAAAUCAAAUGGCUUUUUGUGAUGGUAACACUUGCUCUCUUUUUCGUCUGAAUCUUCUGCUGACCAUGACUGGAAGUAAUAGUGUAAGCAUUG